AAAAGGAUAACAGGAAGCAAAUGUUAUCCGGUCAGGGGCUGUCACAGGGAGCAAAAUAUUCUGUUGUAGCUUAUGUUCGCAACCGUGUACACAAAUGACAACCUGUGUUAAGUGGGAGGAAGAGUACCACCCGGAUAGUAACCGUGUUUCAUUAGAAAAGCCUUAAGCUCUUCGGGCAGUCCGUCUUCAGCGCUAACAGGCUAACGCCGGGGCUAGCCGCUCAAGUUAGCCAGUUAGCCCAGCUAGUGUCAGACUGCAGCUGUAUGCCAGGAGGGUCGGAAAUAUCCGAAAUGAGUGAAUCGACUACAGGGUACCCACCAGCUUAACCGACUUUUAUAUCAGUUCUGUGUUACAAUGAGGAGUGCCAGAGGUGAGCUCUGAAGUCUCAGAGCCAUGAACUCAGUUUCCCCAAGUGCAGCACAGUACAUAGGGGGAGUCAUGCAAGAUGAGCUGGUGGACAGAGGGAGGCAGCAGCAGCAGCCCAUGGAGCGGCAGGGCAGCUUUGGACUCAGGCUACCACAAACUGCAGACACCAGCAGAGAGGCCGCUGGGGAGCCUGAUGAGAUGGACAAAUUCAAGGCCAAACUUAUGUCAGCAUGGAAUAAUGUCAAAUAUGGUUGGACUGUCAAGUCUAAAACCUCCUUCAACAAGAUGUCUCCUGUCACUGUCCUGGGUCACUCCUAUCUGCUCAACAGUGAAGAUGAGGUGGAGCGGUUCCGUCUUGCCUUUGUCUCCAGGAUCUGGUUGACCUACAGGAGAGAGUUCCCUCAGCUGGAGGGCUCCACCUGGACAACAGAUUGUGGUUGGGGCUGCAUGCUGCGCAGUGGGCAGAUGCUGCUGGCACAGGGGCUCCUGGUCCAUUUGAUGCCCAGAGACUGGGUUUGGCCAGAUGCUCAGCAGCUUACUGAUGUGGACUUUGAGGUAUUCCGACCACGUUCCCCAGCCCGAGCUGGAGGGGUUCCAAUUCCCUCCUUUGGCUCUCCACGAGGAUCCAGCACUCCUGAGAAAUCCCUGCCAAGCAGUCAGGCACCCAGAUGCAGCCAGAAGAAAAGGGUCUACGAGUCUACAAAGGACAGGCAAGAGCACACCCACCAUAGGCUUGUUACCUGGUUUGGGGAUCAGCCCCCAGCACCUUUUGGUGUUCACCAGUUGGUGGAAAUUGGCAAAGGUUCAGGGAAGAAGGCUGGUGACUGGUACGGCCCCUCUGUAGUGGCACACAUACUACGGAAAGCAGUGGACAAAACAACUGUGGUCACAAACCUGGCUAUAUAUGUGGCUCAGGAUUGUACAGUGUACAAAGAAGAUGUGGUGCGUUUGUGUGAUCGGUCACUGAGUCAGACUCCUUCUGAUCCAUCCAGUCAAGAGUGGAAGUCUGUCAUCAUACUGGUGCCUGUCCGGCUGGGAGGGGAGGCCCUCAACCCGUCCUACAUUGAAUGUGUCAAAAACAUCCUGAAACUGGAUUGCUGUAUUGGAAUAAUCGGAGGCAAACCGAAGCAUUCCCUCUAUUUCAUUGGCUUCCAAGAUGAGCAGCUGCUGUAUCUGGAUCCUCACUACUGCCAGCCAGUGGUCGAUAUCAGCCAAGUUAACUUCUCACUGGAGUCAUUCCACUGUAGUUCUCCUAAAAAGAUGCCCUUCAACCGCAUGGAUCCCAGCUGCACCAUCGGUUUCUACGCCAAGAACAAGAAGGACUUUGAGUCUCUGUGUUCUGCUGUUAGCGUGGCUCUGUCAUCAUCAAAGGAGAAGUAUCCCAUCUUCACCUUCGUAGAGGGCCACAGUCAGGACUAUGGACUUGAGGGUCACAGCAGCAAUCACAGUGGACCUUCAGCUCACAUCCUGCCUCCAGGAAGGCUAGGCAGGAGUAACAACAGAAGAAGCAGUGAAGAGUUUGUCUUCCUGUAAGGCUCUGUGGAAGAUCCUCUCCCAGCUGUCACCUGAAGGCGGCAGAAAUGGACGCUUGAUUACCUUUGAAAGAUUUGAUUCUGUUGACGGUGCAGCUGCAAGGUGGACACAAAUCUUUUGAGCUUUGUCUCCCUCACUGGUCAACAUGGCUGCUGUCUUCACCUCCGUGUGAGUGGGAGUUAUAAGCUAACAGGCAUUAGCGAGCACUGGCUGGAGCACUGCUUUACUGGGCAAAGGUGACUUCAGAAUGGGUAGAAAAGUUUUCAAGUACUCAAAGUGUUCUUGGUUCACUUUAUCAGACACGUUAAAAAAAGGCUCAGAGUUGAGUGGUGUCUGCAUCGUGUUUAAUUGGCUCACUGAUCAGCUGCCUGAUAUUGUUCUUGACUUGUAUUAUAUUUCAUCUGUUGAACAUGUUUUUAAUUUUUAUUCUUUAAAUUUAUUUAUCAGAUUGAAGAAUGUGUUUUGAGUGAGUGAGUGUUGGGUUAGUGUAAUUUAUUUGUCUUUUAACCAGUAGAGAUGUAUUUAGCAGUCUGCCGUGUUGCAUCCCAGAGACGUUUCAGAUUCUUCCACGAGCAUCUUGAACAGCUGUAAAUUUGUUUUAGACCUCGGGGUGUUGAUCCUAAACACUUCCAGCUCUGACUCUUCAUUCAUUAAGCAUAUGAAACACUCCAAGAAAUCUGCUGUUACAUUCUUCCUGCUGCUUAAACAAGUCAAGGUCAGGUUUAAAGAAAAAAUGCCUUCAACUGGAGAUGUAUUUACAUCUUUACCUGUUAAACUAUGGCUUAAAACAUACAGGGUUAUGUGAAUAUUUUUGCAAAGUAAAACACUCACCUCUGUUUACUUAUGUGCAGGUUAUGGGUUUCACUUUCCACAGCCAAGAUAAUAAGACAGAUCCAGGCUUAAUGGUGAUUUUAUGCUCAAUUGUCAGACUUCUGCUGCAGUGUCUUUGUUUUAUUUAUCCCUUUUUUAUGUAAAAGCUACUACUGCAAGUUGCACUACUACUGUUAUUGGGGUUUAUUGUCCUGAUUAAACUUCAGACACUGGAAUUUCA